AUGCGCUUCAACAUCCUCAGCCUUUCGGCCCUUCUGGCAACUGCCUCCGCCUUCCCCGUCGCCAUGCGCGAUGUGGAGACCGUUUGGGAGACCGUCUAUGAAACCGUCUAUGAGACAGCCACUUUGAUCAGUGCGCCCACCAACCUCCCCAUCCAGGCGGCUGCCAUUCCUUCCACCACCACCACCAAUGCAGUCCCUACCACAACCAGCGUUCCAACUCUGAACGUCCCCACCGUUGCGCCCACCGUUGCGCCAACCCCCGUUGCCCCAUCCAGCACCAGCAGCGCUCCCGCCGCCACCGGCAGCGGCGUCACCAUCGUCAACAACCUCCCCUCAACCGUCUACUUGUGGGUUGUGACCGAGAACCCCGGUGAAAUGCAAACCCUGGCCUCCGGCGCAUCCUUCACCGACACCUGGCUCACCAACUCCAACGGCGGCGGUAUCUCCAUCAAGAUGUCGACCACCGAAGUCUGCGACGACGUCCUGCAGUUCGAGUACACCCAGUCCGGUGACGUCCUCUUCUGGGACAUGUCCUCCAUCAACCUGUCCAAGACAUCGGAGUUCGUCAACGCCGGAUUCCGUGUCACCAUCAGCGACGAGUCUUGUCCUACAUCGACCUGUGCUCCUGGUGAUGCCAACUGUGUCCAGUCCUACCAGCACCCUGAUGAUGUCAAUACCCUCGCUUGUGGUAUCGAUGCCGCAUACACUCUUACUCUGGGUUAG